AUGUCGGCGCGCGAUCAUGCGGUGAUGUUCGUCGUCGACGUCUCCGCGCUCGAUCGCUGCGUCGUCGCGUGCGCGGGCGACGACGAAGACGAAGCGCGUCGAAACGGGCACGUCGCGACGACGUCUGCACGAGCCAUCGUCGCGUCUUGUAUUCGCGGGUGCGUUAACGCGAAAACGCAGCUACGUACGCCAUCGCAACGCGACCAUUGUUUCGGGUUGACGCUCUUCGGCGCGCGAGACACGUCGAACGAUGUUGCGGCGGCGGCGCUCGACGACGACGGUGAGGGCGACGAAUACGCCGGCAUCGUCACGGCGCGACAGCUGCGACCGCCGGAGAGCAAGACGGGGUUGGAGUACGAGAGGGAUAUUUUAGAGACGGCGGCGGCGGUUGACGGCGCCGCGGACGUUCCUGAGGCGCUCGCCGUAGCGUGUGAUUCGCUCAUACGCCAGUACUCGCCGGAAGGCGUCAACGCGGCGACGAAGAAGCGAUUGGCUGGUUGCGUGAAGGAUAUUGUUUUGAUCACCGAUGCCACGGGCGCGGCGACGAUGCAAAGUGCGGUAGAUGACGAGUUUGUGGCGACGCUAUUAGAUGGUAUGAAAGCGCAAAACGUUCGAUUAAAAGUCGGCGUCGUCGACGCGUGCGAGAUGUCUCGAGCGCGCGGCGACGCAGGCGUUCGCGUGACUGCGUCGGCAACGUUUCGCGAACCGGAUUUCGAGGCUUUGCGUCAGGCGUGCGAUGUUCUCGCCGCUGCCGACGCCGGUAACGAUAGCGCCGUCGUCGGCGCGAGCGCGCUUCUUUUAGAUUUGCAGAUUAAGCGCGUGCGACCGACGUCUGGCUAUCGCGGUUUUCUAUCCUUCGGUUUCAACGCGGGUGUGAACGUGGCGCUUUACAAGCUGAACACGGAAGCGGUGCCGGUGAAGCUCAAUAGAUACAGCGAGGAGCUCGCGGAUCGUCCGGAGGAGUCGCAUCAGACGCUUGUGGAGACUACGUACAGGAAUGUCAACGAUCUUGACGGCGAAUUCGUGCCGCCAGAGCGCCACGUGAAGGCGUUUCGGUACGGCAAGCAGCACAUACCGAUUGAUGCCGAGACCGAAAGCCGCUUGUCGAUGCGAUUCGAAAAGAGCAUGAAAGUAAUCGGUUCAAUCAGCAUGGAUGAAUGCCCGUUGUGGCUCAGCGUUGGCGAGCCAUCGGUGUGCGUACCGCAGCCGAGUACGAAGACGACUGGUUUGAGCCAAGAGCGCGCGGCGGCGGACGCGACGGCACUUAGCGCGCUCGCAAGGGCUCUGGAUGACGCAAAGCUUGCGCUACUCGUUCGCGGCGCGUUCACGGAAGGCACGACUUCAAUCCACAUCGGCGCCCUUACGCCGCGGCUCACGGAUGCAGGAGACUUUUUGCUCUACACGCCGUUGCCGUUCAAAGAAGACUACAACGAGUACUCUUUACCGUCGGUCCCGGCGAGCGCACGCGUCGAUGCGGAGGACCCGCGCUUGGUCGACGCUCGCGAAUUCGUCAGGGCGAACUCUCUCGACGGCGAUCGACGCGCGACGACGAUGCCCUGGGAGUCGCUCAAUCCGACUUUGCGCGCAUAUCGAGACUUGUUCGAGGCGCGAGCGCUCGGCGCGCAAGCGUCUCUAAAAAGGAGACCAUCUUUAGCGCUAGGAGUCGCCGAAGCCUCGGCGUGCGAUUUCGCCGCGCGAUUCGGUCUGAACGCAGCGCAAGACAGAAGUGCACGACCACGAUUGGCGGCCGACGAGGGCGCGGCUAAGGCUCCCUCGCCGCUACGCGUCUCCGCAUCGCUUCCCGAACGUCCACAGUCCCAGCCUUCGUUUGCCGUGUUGGUGGACGUCGUCAAGACGGAGGACGGGGAAGAAGAGGCCUUGGUGAGCCCGCCCGAUUUAGACGUGUUCGACGAUAUGGAAUAG